UGAGCAGGUUCGAUUGAGCUUCGCACGGACGCGGUUGCAUCGGACUCGCCAUGGAACAGUCGACAAGGAAGGCUGAGGAUCCAAUCCAGUACAGGGCGCGGCAGGGUCAACAACUUGCACAAGGGGCCACGAGGCGCUCCAUCGCGCUGUGGCGGCUCGUCCUAUGUGGGUUUGCUAUGCUGGCGCUGUGCUCGAUCGGCCUGUUCUACCAAGUGCAGUUUCUCUCGAUCACAACAGCCCCACAACACAUGCGGUCCGAGCACCUUGUACAAUCGCAAUCUGCUUCACCACCACGUUCAUCCGCACAGCAACGACAGGCGGUAGACCUAUUGGAUGACGACAUCUUGCGACCUGGAAACCCAUAUCCGUCGUACGUCUGCAAAGGGUGGCGGCAAACUGGUGGCUGCGACCCCGAUGGCGAACGAGAGCCUGGAAACGACCUGGGAUGCAACGCUGCCAUUUCAGGAGGCCUGUCAGGGUACUGCGAAUUUUUCAACCCCGUCCAGAACGAGACGGUCCAUCUCAUGAAGAUGUCGUGCGGGUCGCUUCGCAAGCACGUUUCGUUCUCGUGCAACAUGACGGCGGACACUAUCAUGUUCCACCAGUAUGCUGCUGUCUAUCGCCAUCCUUGGAAUGUACGUUGUAUCGAUCCGCUUCCACCCGAAUGUAGGCCGGACGUGGUGCGUCAUCCGGCUGCACUCUGUGUAGAUGCAAGGCACCCCCGAGUCCCGCAACUUUAUCGACAGCAACUCGUUCACCGGAUUGGACUUCCAUGCGACCACGCCUCGGAAAUACCCUGAUCGGGCCUGGUACGAUCAAGAGACGACGGAGUCGUCGGCGGUGACGCGCCAAACGUCGCGCGGAAUCGUCAUGGUCGUGUAUGGCAAAGCGCUUGUUCCAUUGUAUGCGACCGUGCAGUACCUUCGCCACGACCUGGCAUCGACCCUUCCGAUCGAGAUUUGGUAUCGUUCGGAUGAAGUCAACCCGCACAACAACUCUGUCUUGGCCGCGAUCGCGAACCUUCCACAUGUGCACAUGCGCGAAAUCCUCGAUCCACUGGCGCAAGGGUUUUACGUGAAGCCGUACGUCAUCUUUUUUUCCCAGUUUCGACAGGUGCUGUUCCUGGAUGCGGACAACCUGCCACUCCACGACCCCGCGUUCCUCUUUGAUACGCCGGAAUUCAAGCGCGAUGGCGCGAUCUUCUGGCCCGACUUUUGGCACCCCGAGAACACAAUAUUCAACGUCCACCGCGGCAGCUUUGUCUGGACGCUUCUCAACCAUCCGUUUGUCGACAUGUUUGAGCAAGAGAGCGGCCAACUUGUCAUUGACCGCGCGAGAUGCGAACGCGCGCUGCACCUGCUUAUGUUUUACGCGUUCCAUCGAAUUCGGCCCCAGGAACCGAUCGAGUACUCGAUGUUGGACGACGGGCCAGUGCUUCCCGUGGACCCCAACUUGAUCGCUGCACUCGCGUUGGUGUGGGGGGACAAGGACCUGUUUCGUCUGGCAUGGCUCAAGACCAACACAUCGUUCUACAUGGUCGAGCGGCCGCCGGGAGCGCUCGGCGUGUAUGGGAAACCGCCGAUGAAAGGUGAUCGUGGAGGGUUCACCCCGGAAGACGACGAAACCCUGCCCGUUCGCUUCUGCGGCAAGGCCAUGGUCCAGUACAACAUCGGGAACCAGUCGCAGGAACCGUUGUUUCUCCAUCGGAACACUGUCAAGCUCAGCCAAACAAACACGACUCGCGUGAAGCAGUGGUUUGCGUUCCAAGAGCUGCGGCCGUCCAUCGCCAAGUACCAAGACGUCAAGGACAAGUACGUGAUUCAGGCGUGGGCAGAGCGCACGAGCUGCUUUGGCGAACACCUCGGCGCCACGGAAGCGUUCUCGCUCGCUGACACGAACGGCACCAUUUUUGAAGCAGCAGAGGCCCAACUGCUCAAGUACGCAGACCAAGCCGCGGCGAUGCUUCCUCCGGAAAAAACGCCGCCGCCGGCGAAAAAACGACCGAUUGCGCCGACCGUCGCGCGCUCGCAUCCCAUCAAGAGUCCAGCCGCCGAGCCAGACCUGAAGGACCUCAUGCUUGGAUAAAUGCCAGCACAAACGUUUUGAGUUGGAGUGUCGCCCGUGCUCAGUAGAGCACAGAUGUAACAAUAGCGUCAUGCCAAACUCGGAGGCGCUUGUUCGACGGAAAAGAACCCACACGCCGGGCGGAGGUCCCCUUCAUACACCAGUAGAACUCAGCUGCAUCAUGUCAU